AUGUUUUGCUAGACCAAAUUUUACGUGAUGAGCUUGUCGAAAUUUUAGUAGAAUUUACAUUUAAAAAAAUCUUCAAAAUAACCGGGAAAAAAUGAAACUCCAUUUCGAUUCAAAAUUGUGCCAGUAUCCGCAAACUAUUUUUCCGUUUGUCCUAAAUUUCCUCCUUUGGGAUCGCAACCUUCUAACGAAGGUUUGCACCAGCUGUCCGUUCUAUCGCUACUCAAGCACCUUUGUCGGGUUGUAUCUGAUUGUAAACCUGAUCUUUGCAUCCUACGAACUGAUCCAGCAAAUGCUCAAUCCCAUCGCGACGGACAAGCUUACGGUUCCGCUGAGGGUGUGGAAGCUGAACCUGACCCUUCAGAUACCGCACCAAUAUCUCCUGCUCGGGCGGGCUCUGUUUUCCGUUCAAGCCUUGGCCCGGACGCUGUACAAUUUGGUGGUGGGGAAUGUUGAAGCCCUGCUGGGAUUGGUGCUAUUUGUGCCGAUCUUCUUCGCUAUGAAUGUCAUACAGUUCGCCUCGGAGUGCCGGAUGAAAUGGGGAGACGUGGAAUUUCGGACAGUUUUGUGGAAGCAAAUGCUCCGGCUCGGAUCGACGGUAGUGUUUUGGAGUAAUAUUUGCUGCUUGCUCUACAAUCAAUACGCGGGAUGUAUUUUCGAUCAUACAUAAAUGUUUAUUGCCUUUUUGCCUAUAGGAUGCAUUGUGUUGUUUGUUUGAAAAGAAGACAUCACGUGGAACACUCUUAUACAUAAAUGUUGGGGUGUACAAAAAUCGAAAUAGUAUACAUCUGUUAAAGUAUAUGUUCAUUAAUAUAGAAAUGUUGCUUUUACUAUUCACCAACCAAUAUCUUUCUGCUACAAGUUUUGUAUGGAAAAUCCGUUCCCUCACACAACAGCGUAUUUUACGCUAUUUAAUAAAUUGGAUUGUGCACUAGGGUGAGUCAACUCAACAACUCCCUGUUCCCCAAUAUUCGUUCAGUGCGUAUUGAAGUCCCUAACAACUGUGCAAAAAUUGAACGAAUUAAUUAAUUGAAAUUGAAAUAAUCUCGAUAAUCUCGAUCAGGGACAAUUUUAAAUUGUAUAUUGGAAUAUGUAUGGAAAACAGAACGAUCCUCUUCUUUAUUUUUUUUUUUCUUUAUUACAGUGACUUUCAGCCACUGGCUGGUUCGUCACUUAGACGAUCCUAUUCAUUUGCUUACCAAAAAUCCAAAUAUUGCUCAAAUUUCACCAACUUCGAUUGAGGAUACUAUACAAACCCACGAUGUCAAAGACUGCGAUUUGAUUUGAUCUUUGUACAUUUUAGAUCAAGUUUUUCACAGCUCAUUUAUUAAUAUAAUAGUAACUGUUUCUCAGAAGUUUAAUCGAUUUGCAGUAUUCUACAAAGUUCUGCGUAGUAUUACCAAUCUAUUUCUACGAUUUGGUAAACUUUGAGCAAUAUUUGAAUUUUUGGCAAGCGAAUGAAUACCUAGGUUCGUUUCGUUUUCCAUAUAAAGACUGGACUCGGAAAAAAAUGCGACACUUUGUUUUGGGUGUAACUUUUUAUCGCGUGGGUAAAAAUUAAUGAAAUUUUAGGUAAUACUAGUUUAGAGUGUUAUGUAUAUGUGUGCGCGAUCUGUCAAGUAGUUUUCAAGAUGCAUUCGAAACAAGAAGAGCUACACCAGCAAAUCUUGGGCGCGGUGUUCAAUAAUCCUGGUCAGGCGCACAGAUCGAUCGGCAAAAGGCUUGGAAUCCACAAUUCCACCGUGUCCCGCGUUGUGAAGAUGUUCCAGGAGACGAAGACCAUCGAGCGGCGCGCUGGAAGCGGCCGAAAACCGAAAACGGAAUACCCAGAGAAGGCGCGGAAGAUAAGGCAGUACUUUAAGAAUAACCCGAACCUUUCCACCCGAGACGUGGCCAAAAAGGUCAAUUCGUCGAAGUGGUUCGUCCAGCAGACCAUGAAGCGGGCUGGGCUACGUGUUUUUAAGGUCAGGAAGGCGCCAAACCGGACUGACAAGCAA